UUGAACAGUUGUGUCUUAGCAAACAUGUUGAAUCAAGUGUUUUACAUCAGCUCGGUGAUAUUGAUGCUCUCGCUUGGCAGUCAUGCACUGUCCACGAGGAUCUCAAGGGGGUCGUGCCAGGCGAACAUGACAGCCGUUGGAGACUUGAAUAUGAGACGGUAUGAGGGCAUAUGGUAUCCACAAUUCACGUAUCCAUUAUAUCAUAAAUCACUGCCCAAAUGCGUAAAGUAUAAUGUUACUAAGGACAUAAGUGGUAAAUAUAGAAUUCUAAGAUCGGAUAUCGACAACCAGAGCGGCAAUGUGCGUCGGCGAUCUACAUUGAUACUGAGAGUGAAUCGAAAGGGAGGAAAAUACGCAAUAAGAACUGAUAAUUCACCAGACGGCCUUAAUAUGUAUGUGCUGGACACGGACUAUAGAACAUAUUCAAUUCAGUACGCCUGCAUAGAGCUGGAAGGCAUCUUAAAUAUAGCAUAUGCCGUCAUAAUGACACGCGAGCGGAUGCCGAGCUCCGAAGUUAUUCAGAAGACUGAGAAAGUGGCCGAACUCUCUGGAAUUGAUCAGAAAAAUAUGGUACCCAUUUUACAGGGUGGCUGUCCGAUCGAUGUCUAACAGAUAUUGGCCCAGAAAAGCAUCAUUAAAUACCCUUAACAAAAGAU